AUGGCGUCAACGUCAGAUGUGCACGGUUCUUCUCCUGUGCCGACCCUUCCCCAACCAAACGACAACGGUCGCUCGCACAUGUCCUCCCUUUCCUCUUCCUCCUCCAUCUCCGACGCCGAAACCGAACGUAGGGGGCGCUCUGAGAGACCUCGUAUGGCCAGUCGGAAACCGAGUGCCUCGAUACUGGUUCCCCGAGAUCAUCCUGAGAUCGAAAUCGAAGAAGAAGAGUUUCCCCCUGACGACGCGCGCGCCAUGAGUCCUCGACGCAACUCGGCUGACCUGGAACGACUGGGCAAGGAAGCCCGGCAAACAUUACAGGAACAAGCCAAGGCCCUCCAGUCGUCUCUCCAAGCGCUCGCUGAACGGAUUGAAGCCGUCAAAUCGGACCACGAUAAGCUCGAGAGUGAGAACCGAUUUCUCCAGGACUAUAUUGGUGGUUUGACUCGCAACAUGACCAAGAGCGAAAUGACGAGGAGUAGCACCAAGGUCAAAAAAUCGCAGAAAUAG